AUGGGUCGCGCGUGGAACUUCUUCCGCAUCGCCUACACAAUCGUCUACUUCCUCCUCUACAUUCUUCUCGCUGUUCUGCUCCUAAUCACGCCGGCCGACGCCGUCGAGCGCUCGCUCCGCAAUAAUCAAGUGUACAACAUAUGGCUUCUGGCCUUUGUCUAUAUCCUCACCAUCCUCGUCGUCAGCAUCAUCUACUUUAUCCGCCUAUACGUGAACAAGACGGUCCUCAACAACAUCCCCAAGGCGUGGGUCCCGAUCGACGUGGGCGAUGUUACCAAGGCGGUGCACCAGAUGAUCCAAGAUGGGCUCGAUAGGAGCGCAGCAAUUGCCUACGAGGCACGGCCGAGGACACAACCGGACGGCGUCAAGGUCACGAUUGCGGCAGCUGGAGGCCUGGACAUUUCAAAGGCAUUGCAGCACGAGCUGUGGGACGGCAUUGAACACAAGGGCUGGUCUUCGCCAAAGUCGCCCGAUCUACCAAACUUGCAUUAUGGGACCGUCCUUGCCGAGCUGCCCAACCUGAUCGAGGCCAAGGCCAUGACGCUGGCACAGAGAGAUCCCACCACGGAGAAUGAGGUUGCUGCACCGGACCCCGAAGCCGUGUCACUUCUGCAGCGGUCUGCCAACCUUGACCUGCGCGGUUAUGCGGAUCACUUGGCCAGCUUGGAUGUCCUCUCGCCAGACGAGACAGUAACUGAUUUCCUCGCGCUGUACGAAUUCGCGCGCUUCUCGACGCAGCCCAUUUCCAAUGCCCAGUUCCGCGAACUCAUGCAUCUCUUCGCCGAGGUCCUCCGCAGCAUGCAGCCUUUUGACCCGGCCAUCUUCCAUGACCACGAGACAGUGCUCUUGGAGAGUGCCUAUGGUGGUGUUGGCUCACGCAACGAAUAUCUCCACGCUUCCUCGAACCGGCCAGACAGCUCGGACACGUCCUCCAUCCGUCGCCCUGCACCUCGCUCGGCUUCCUGGGGUGGCACGUUCCGCACAGCGCCGACCACCCCGCGUAGCCGGCCGCAUCUGGUCUCGCAGCCCUCCAGUAGCAGCGGCAAUAGUUUUGCGCAGACCAGACACCCGUACGAUGCUUCUAGCUCUAGCAGCAUGCGGUCCGGUCGGUCGUGGUCGGUGAUUCGACUGGCGACACGGGAGGACGAUGAGGACCUGCCAUAUGUACUAAAUUUGAUGGGCACGGCAGAAAGCAUAUAG